AUGGAAGAUAUUGAAGUGACCCGGUUUCGUGAGUAUCUUCGUGUCAACACCGAGCAGCCGAAACCAGAUUAUGUCGCCUGCCGCGAUUUUCUUUUCAAAUAUGCCGACGAAUUGGGAAUUCAAAGAAGAGCUAUUGAGACCGCUCCAGGAGUAUUCUUUGUGAUUAUGACGAUACCUGGGGGCAAUCCAGAGCUGCCCGCAAUUAUGCUCUACUCGCAUACAGAUGUCGUGCCAACUUUCAGAGAGCAUUGGAAAUACGAUCCUUAUGAGGCUUACAAGGACGAAGAAGGCAAUAUCUAUGGGAGAGGAGCUCAGGAUAUGAAAUGUGUUGGUAUUCAGUAUAUGGAAGCAUUCCGAAGACAUUUCGCAAAAGGAACCAAACAAUGGCCGAGAACCAUUCAUAUCGUUUGGGGACCUGAUGAGGAGAUUGGGCAUCAGAAUGGAAUGAGGGGUUUCAGUUUGACUGAGGAAUUCAAAAAUCUCAACAUUGAGUUCGCGUUGGAUGAGGGAAUCGCCAGCGACGAUGAUCACUAUAGGAUAUAUUAUGCGGAACGAAUUCCGUGUUGGGUGAAAGUGACACUUCCGGGACAGCCGGGUCACGGCUCGAAAUUCAUUGAGAAUACUGCAUUCGAGAAAUUGCAAAACUUGAUGAAUGCGGUGGCAAAGUUCAGAAAUGAGCAAAAGAGUCUGCUCGAGAGCAAUCCAUCAAUGACACUUGGAGAUGUGACAACCACCAAUAUGACCAUUAUUAAUGGCGGUGUUCAAGUCAACGUUGUGCCGGAGAAGUUUGAAGCUUUUAUCGAUAUUCGUAUGACACCACGACAGGAUUUGGACGAGAUCAAGCAGCGUAUUGAGAGUUGGAAAGAGGAAGCUGGCGAAGGGACCAUCAUCGAGUUUCUCCAGUCCUCUGUUCCGGCCGACCAAUCGACCGUCGAGUUUUCAACAUAUUCAAAUCUUAAAUCUAUAACCCCGCACACGAUGGAGGAUCCGUUCUGGGCAGCCAUUGAGACUGGAUUGAAUGAGCAAGGCUGCAAGUUCAAAAAGGAGAUUUUCACUGGAGCCACUGAUUCGCGAUUUGUGAGAUCGCAAGGUAUUCGCGCGAUUGGCUUCUCGCCAAUGAUCAACACCCCAUCGCUUCUCCAUGAUCACAACGAAUUCUUGAACGAGAAGACGUUCCUUCGAGGCAUUGAGAUCUACGAGACCCUCAUCAAUAAUCUCGCAAGUGUGGCGGCAAUUUAA